GGGUUGCUGGGCGGGAUGAGUUUCGCUGUGUCCUCACGCUAUUGGGUGUUGCCGCUGAUUGGCGGUUCCUUAGGCCUAUCCGGAGGGUCGCUCCGCGGUGGCCGGUCCCUGUCCCCAUCGCCGGGCGGGCGCUGCGGGCGCGGUGCGGGCGGUGCGGCGAUGAGCGCGGCGGUUCGGGUGGGCUGGCGGGUUGGGGCCGCCGCCGCCGCUCUGCGGGGCCGGGCCGGGCGCCCGCUCAGCCAGGCGGCCGGAGAGGGCGCCGGGGCCCAGGGCGGCGGGGGCGGCGGCUCGGGCUCGGGGUCGCGGGAGGCGGUGGAGCGGCUGGUGCGGGAGCACCCUGUGGUGGUGUUCAUGAAAGGCAGCCCGGCGCAGCCGCUGUGCGGGUUCAGCAACGCCGUGGUGCAGAUCCUGCGGCUGCACGGCGUGGAGGAUUACCGCGCCCACGACGUGCUGCAGGACCCCGACCUCCGCCAAGGAAUAAAAAACUACUCCAACUGGCCUACCAUCCCACAAGUGUACCUCAAUGGUGAAUUCGUUGGUGGCUGUGAUAUACUCCUGCAGAUGCACCAGAAUGGAGAUCUUGUAGAAGAGCUGAAGAAACUAGGAAUCCGUUCAGCGCUACUGGAUGCAGAGAAAGACCAAGAAAAAAAGUAAAAUGAGCAAAAAAAGAAAAGUGCUGUGACAGGAAUAAAGCAAAUCUUUGAUGAGAACUUGUUACCAAUAAAGCCUUACGUACUUUAGGUCAAAGAAGGCAUCUUUUUGAACUGACACUAAAUGAAUGUCUCUUAGCUCAUGGUAAAUGUAGUGAUCUUGGUAUUAUGAUUUUUGGAUAUUGUGAAAAUUUGAAUAUAACCACUGCACUGUAUAACAUACGUUUGUGGAAAUUGUUGUUUUGAAAAAGAAGUAGUUCACUUCUAAAGCACUCUCUUCUUUAUUGAGGUGGGAGUAAACCAAAAGAACUAAUAAUAUUUUUAUGAAUUUUGAGUGUGUGUUUCUCUGUUCUUUGAUACAUGAACCUACACAAAGAGCAUUUCAUUCCCCUUCUUCUCUUGAAAAAGCAUUAAGUAAUAGUGCAUCAGUUUUUCUGUAUAACUCCUGGUGAUAAGACUUCCUGAAAGCCUGUAAAACUUGUGUAGUCACAUACAAUAUAGGAGAAAAACAGUUUUCCAACAAUAUAGGAGAAAAAAGAUUAUGACAGUGCAUGAAAUACGCUUUUAUUCCAAAGGGUAAAAAUAAACAGACCUGUACAAAUACAUGUAUAGUGGUCAUUCUUACUUUGUAACUUUCUGAUGGCUUUUAAAACUGCUAAGCAUUGUGCCUAAAUAUUUUAUAAAACCUUUUCUACCUCUUGCAAAGCAGCUUUUCCCCCUGCUUAUGUAAUUUGUGUGUUGUAGUUCUGUGUUAGUGCUCAGAUGUGGGAAUUGUUUCAGGCUUCAGUAUUCUAGCUUGAAAUAGUACAGGAGAACGCUUCAGUUAUUACUGUAAUCUUGUAUUAUUUGCUAGUUACUAAGUUAUCUUUUUAUAUGUUGUGUUUCCAAGUGUUUUCUCUCCUGACUGCUGUGCUUCAAAGAAUAUAGUCUUCAAACAUGGAAUUUACAGAUGAAAUGUUCAUGUGGAUGAGUGCAGCAGACAGGCUACUGAAUAAAUAAAUAUUUCUAAGUCUCUGUAUUGUCUAUAGCUAUCUAACCACAUUUCCCUAAGUGAAAACAAAUUGUGUUAACCAGUGUAGCUUCAGCUCUAUAGCAAUACUGCUAAGGUUAAAAUCUAACCAAGCUGUUUCUAAAUGCAGUUUUAUUAAUAUAAACCAGUUUGCAUGUGAAUUAAGCAAAUGGUUGGAAAUAAACUGUAUUUCAUGUUGAUUGUCU